AUGAGCCCAAACUAUUUUGAUAACAUGGUUCCUAGGGAUGCAUGUGACUCUAAUCCUUGUGAAAAUGGAGGCAUCUGUGUGUCUGGUUUGGAUGGUUUCUAUACUUGCGAAUGUCCUGAUGGCAUCACAGAUUCCAAUUGUUCUAGUGUUAUGGAGGUUGGGCCAUGUCUCCCUAAUCCCUGCCAUAAUGGUGGAACAUGUGAAAUCAGUGAAGCCUACAGAGGAGACACGUUCAUAGGCUACAUCUGCAAAUGUCCAGCUGGAUUUAAUGGAAUACACUGCCAGCACAAUGUGAAUGAGUGUGAAGCUGAACCCUGCAAGAAUGAUGGUAUUUGUACAGAUCUGGUAGCUAACUAUUCCUGUGAGUGCCCAGGUGAAUUCAUGGGGAGAAAUUGUCAAUAUAAAUGCUCUGGACUUGGAAUAGAAGGAGGAAUCAUUUCUAACCAACAGAUUACUGCAUCAUCUACCCACCGGGCUCUUUUUGGGCUCCAGAAAUGGUAUCCCUACUAUGCACGACUUAACAAGAAAGGUCUCAUAAAUGCUUGGACUGCAGCAGAAAAUGACAGAUGGCCAUGGAUUCAGAUAAACCUACAGCGAAAAAUGAGAAUCACUGGAGUUAUCACACAAGGUGCCAAGAGAAUUGGAAGCCCAGAAUACAUUAAAUCAUACAAAAUUGCAUAUAGCAAUGACGGUAAAUUAUGGAGCACAUACAAAGUGAAAGGCACUACUGAAGAUAUGGUUUUCCAUGGAAAUGUGGAUAAUAAUACACCUUAUGCAAAUUCUUUCACCCCGCCAAUAAAAUCUCAGUAUAUACGAUUGUAUCCUCAAGUCUGUAGAAGGCAUUGUACUUUGCGAAUGGAACUUCUUGGCUGUGAAUUAUCAGGUUGUUCUGAACCUUUGGGGAUGAAAUCGGGACAUAUACAGGAUUAUCAGAUCACUGCUUCCAGUAUCUUCAGAACACUCAACAUGGAUAUGUUCACAUGGGAACCCAGGAAAGCUCGACUAGACAAACAAGGCAAAGUUAAUGCCUGGACAUCAGGGCACAGUGACCAGUCUCAGUGGCUACAGAUUGAUCUUCUUGUCCCUACAAAAGUCACUGGCAUCAUUACUCAAGGAGCUAAAGAUUUUGGUCAUGUUCAAUUUGUGGGUUCCUAUAAAGUCGCCUAUGGAAAUGAUGGACAACACUGGACCAUAUAUCAGGAUGAAAAGCAAAAAAAAGAUAAGGUUUUCCAGGGAAACUUUGACAAUGAUACCCACAGAAAGAACGUUAUUGAUCCUCCAAUCUAUGCACGGUACAUAAGGAUCCUCCCCUGGUCAUGGUAUGGCAGAAUCACUUUACGGUCAGAGCUUUUGGGCUGCACAGAAGAGGACUGA